GGCAGGAAGUGUGCUGCUGAAGCGGCGGCGGGGGGACACAGCAGAAAAAGUCGGAGGGUGAGCAGGAGGAGAAAAUAAGCAUGUCUAAUCUGUGAAAGGUGAACAAUCUUUGGGUCCAAGCCGAGCAUCCUUCUGCUGGCGGGCGCAGAGGCCAACCGAGGGUGGUUCCUCAUUGGCUGGUGUGCCCAUCGCUCCCUGCUGGCCCGCCACCCCAAGGCGGGCCGUGAUUGGCUGGAUGUCCUCUGGUGGUGGAAUAUGGCCUGGCCUCUCAGCUAAAGAGCUAAGCAACCUUGUCUUCUCCCCUCCCCCAGCCCCCCUACCCCCCCAACCCUUCACUGUUCAUUACUACGUUGUGAACCGUGACUCCUUCCAACUGCUCCGGGGUAGAGUACUAUGGCAAUGCAUGAUAUGAGUCGUGCCAAGGGAUUCCCCUGUAAAGAAUGUGAUAUGGUCUGCCCGAGUACUCCAAGUCUUCUAGAGCAUAUGAAAGCACAUUAUCAGCAGGAAGAGAGUGGUCGUUUUGAGUGUGAACAGUGUGGACGGAUUUACAAGCACGCAGCCAGCCUAGCAAACCAUAAGAAGUCUCACGAAGUGGGUUCGUUCCAGUGUCCAGUCUGUACCCGUACGCUACCGAACGCGGUAGCUCUGAAAAACCACCUUCGGAUCCAUACUCUGUCCCCAAGCAGUGCACACGCAGAGGAGGAGAACGAGGAGGCCCCUGAGGAGGCGGGCCAGGACGAGAGGAGCUUCGGCCUCGCCCAGGACCUCUCGGAUGGGUUUGGCCGUUCCCAUCUGAACAACAGUGCUGUUGGACACAGUGUCCUUCCUGGCCACGAGACAGACGACCACGGGAAAAAAGGCUCCCCUGAAUCUGACGACGCCUGGGACAGACCGUUCAAGUGUGAUCAGUGUGACCGAACGUAUCGGCAUCACGGUAGUCUGGUGAACCACAAAAAGUGUCACCAACAAGGAACUUUUAAGUGCUCUGUGUGUUUUAAACAAUUCAGCAAUCUGGCUGCACUAAACAGCCACGAGAGGACUCACUCAAAGUUCAAGACUCCAGGGGCGACCAUGGUGAGCAGCGGCGCAGGCAGCAGCCUCCAUGAUUCGGAGCGCAGCGCCGGCUCGCAGUCCUCUCAGAGUGAUGAGUCUGCCUCCUGUUUCUGCCACUUGUGUCAGAUAGCGCUGCCGAACAAGGCGGACUUCCAGGAGCACAUCCUGCUGCACAACACGGCCUCGCCCUCACUCGGACUGCCGCGCAGCUUCCCCGGCAUCAUGCCUCACAACCUGAGUGCCGUGCGGUCCCCGGCAUACACCCCGGCACUGGGUGACCCUCUGCCCUUACCCCCGCUUCCUGCAGAUAAAAGGGGCCCGUACGACCCAAUCAUGGGUCCCCCAGUCAACAACCCCAUUUACACAUGUGCAUACUGUGGGGCUGGACACCCAGACCUAGAGACUUUAAAAGUUCACUAUCUAACCCAUGACCCUCAUCCACCCUCCCACAGUCAGGACAGCUCCAUACUCAACUCGGACACACUCAGCUCUGGAUCACAGGGCUCGGUGGCAUCGCCCUCUGGAGGCCGGGUGCCUCAGGCCAAUUCUCCAGAUGACGAAGAGCGCCGCUUCAAGUGUGGAGAAUGCGGCAAAAGCUAUCGGCAUGCAGGGAGUCUGGUUAAUCACAAGCGAUGCCAUCAGACCGGCCACUACCAGUGCACCAUCUGCUGUAAGCAGUACCCCCACCUGGCAGCACUACAUAGCCACCUGCGGAGCCACAAGGGCCGCCCCUCCAACCAGCCAAUCGGCAACGACAGCAGCGACUGGCUGUCUCCUGAGCCGCUCACGCUGGAUUCCCAGCAGAGCUAUGUCCAGGAGGGCAACACCACAAACACUCCAAUCUCACUGCCAGGAAACCUUGGUGAUUCCUCCCACUUUGUGCCGGAUGGCGGCCAUAGCAGCGGAUUGGACUCCUUGGAGUUCCAUGAUCGGUUUGAUGGCAGCUCGCUUUCCCAGAGCAGCUCUACUCACCGACAGGCAGACAGACACGUGUGUGCAGACUGCGGCGAGAUGUACGGGGAUGUUUCAGGCAUCAAGUCACACAUGUGUCCCCGCCGUGGACAGCAACAGCCGCCACAGCAGCAGCAAAGCAACAUGUCUAAUGGCUUCAUGGGGAGCAUGAACUACCACAGCUCUGGUGGGACAUCCAUGCCGUCCGGGAGCUCCAGCAGCAUUAAAGAAGGCAGCAGCCAAAGACCCUACUCCCAGAGUGGGGGUAAGAGGAUGGGCAGCAAUGACAAAGAAGACGAUGACGAUGGAGAGGUGUAUCAGUGCUCGGUAUGUGGCAAUCACUAUGCCAGCCUAAGAGCUCUCAGAAGCCACCUUCGCAGCCACGCCAAUAACCCGAUAGGAGCAGGACCAUCCAAUCUGGAUCAGGACUGGAGGAUGAUCUGCUCCACCUGUGGCCAGAGCUUCUCCAGGAAGCAGGACCUCCUGAAUCACCAAUUAAUCCACGGCCCCCAGAGGCCAGACGGCCAGCAGCAGGGUAUCACCAGCAGCUCAGCCAAUGGCAGUGACAAGAUGGACGGACGCAACCACAUAUGUGUGGACUGUGGCAUGUUUUUUGCCGACCAACACCACCUGGUCACUCACUUGUGCCCCGGUAAGAACAGAGGAAUGAAUAAGUCUGGCCUAAAUGGAGGCAAAGGGAUGUCUGGCGGUGAAGGUGUAGCUGGAGCCAGUGGCGAUGGGCGCAGGCCAAUGGUUGAUCAAAGUGACAAACCACACAAAUGUGACCAGUGUGGACGAGGAUACAGACACCCCUGCUCGCUCCUCAAUCACAAGAAGUCUCAUAAAACUGGCGUUUUCCGCUGCCUGGUGUGCCAGAAACGCUACUACAACCUGCUGGCACUAAAGAACCACCAAAGGACCCACUUCGACCUCAAAAGGCACAAGUGUGAGGAAUGUGGCAAAGCUUUCAAGAUCCAAAAGCAGCUUAUCAACCACCUUCGUCUCCAUGAGGAGCACCGGGCCAAAGGUCUUGUCCGGACCGGUCCCAACGGUUCCCGCUUCCAGCAACCUGGACCAUCUCAAAUGCAGACAAUGAGAGCGGAGUCCUCAAAGGGCCCAGUCAUGGGGGUCAAGUACAGCCAUCAAGGCUUUAAGAAGCCUUACUCGUCGGCCGGGACCUCCAGGCCCCAGAAGUUUGACCCUGCCGAAAGUGGGCGAAGACCGUUUGCCUGUGAGGAAUGUGGAAAGACGUACCGCCACGCCGGCAGCCUGGCCAAUCACAAGAACCUUCAUAAAAUUGGAGAGUACCACUGCAACGUUUGCAACUCCACGUACCCCAACCGGUUGGCCAUGAAGAACCACCUGCGCCUCCACUUUGCCCAGAAGAAGCACAACUGUCAGGAGUGCGGCAAAGGUUUUCGCACUCAGCGGCAGCUUGCCACUCACACUACAGCUGGCUUGUGCAAAGGCCCGCAGGGCCCUGGGGCCCAAAUGGACUUUGAGUGCGACGGCUGUUGCGAAGGAUUUGCCACGGCUGAUGAACUGUCUGCUCACGACUGCCCAGCUCAGCACCUUCCUUCGUCUUCCUCCACCAGCAGCUCGGCCAACAUCAGCUUGGAGAGGAGCUCUGUGGACAUGGAUUCUGACGAGCGGCCGUACGCCUGCGACCUCUGCAGCUGCACCUAUAAGCACGCUAGUUCCUUGCUCAACCACAAGCACACUCACAAGACCGGAAACUUCCGCUGCAACUUCUGCGACAAGCCCUACACCAAUUAUAUGGCCUUGCGCAACCAUAUGCGCAUCCAUACGCAGCGCAAGAAACACAUCUGCCACACGUGUGGGACUUUCCGGUUGGCAAGGUUCCUGCGUAACCACCAGAAGGUGCAUGAGGAGGGCGCCACGCCGUUCGGCUGCCCCACCUGCGGGAAGAGUUUCCAGGGGAGGUCCGGUCUGGCCCGGCACCGCUGUGGGGACAACCAGGUAGGCAUGGAGGUCAGGAGGAAGGCCGCUGCACCCCCAGGAGAGGGAGAAGAGUGUCGGUACACAUGUGAUCAGUGUGGCCGCUCCUACCGCCACGCCAGCUCCCUGCUGAACCACAAGAACACCCACACUGUCGGCAUCUACCACUGUGCCGUGUGCCUCAAGACCUACAACAACCUGCUCGCCCUCAAGAACCACCGCCGCAUCCACUCUGAGACCCGCCGCCACCGCUGCCAUGACUGCGGGAAGGCAUUCCGCGUCUCCUCGCAGCUCUACAACCACCGGCGGGUCCAUCAGAAGCAGCGGGAGCUGACCUGCCGGUCCUGCCAGCGAGCCUUCCCCACGCAGGCCAGCUUCAGGCUCCACAUGGAGAUCACCCAUGGCCAGAUGCCGCAACCCCGCCAGCCCAGACCCCAGCAGCACCGGCCGGGCGGCUCCCAGGAGCUGGGCUGGGGGUCGGGCCUCGACCUCACCCUCAUGCAAGAGCAAGGACUCGACCCCGGCAGCUUGGCUAAAGGCCGCGGCCGCGAGGGCAACGAUGAGGUGGCCAAGCCCCACAUCUGCAACCAGUGUGGACGCUCAUACCGCCACGCUAGCUCGCUGCUCAACCACAAAAACAGCCACAAGACCGGGACCUUCUUCUGCUCCUCCUGCCAGAAGGAGUUCCCCAACCUCAUGUCCCUGAAGAACCACCGGCGCAUUCACACCGAGCCCAAGCGCUACCAGUGCCCGGACUGCGGUAAGUCGUUCCGGGUGUCCACACAGCUCAUCUGCCACCGCCGGAUCCACACCAAGGAGAAGCCCUUCUCCUGCCAGCAGUGUGACAAGCGCUUCUCCUCCAAGUCCAACCUGCGGCACCACAUGAAGGUGCACUGGAGCGGCACCACGCCGCCGCCAUCGGCCAUGGCAGGACCCAACUACCUGGGUAUGCCCGGCGGACCUUUCGUUUAGUUCUGAGCGGGUGUCCGGCGCCGGCGGUGCCAAACCGUAGCUGAACCUUCGUCGUCCUCGUUGUGUGGUGGCAGUGUGUGUGAGGACAGAUAAACACACACAGACUUUCUGCUGACCACGGCUCCCUGCAUGAUGCCCCCCACAGCUGCAGCGCCUGAGCCUGACCCGGACUGUUGGGUCGUCGGGUCGCUGCUGGUUCCGCUGGUGGCCUUUGUCAGUGUUUUAAAGCCUUCUCACUCUUAAACGUAGCACGAGUGGAGCUCGGCUGUCGGACCGUCGCGCCACCAUCGGGCAGCAAAGACUCAUGGGACUUUUUCAGACUUAAGACGCGUAUGUGUGCUGCAGAAGAGAGACGCUUCCUGUUAUCUGGUUCACACACACGGACUCAGAGCGGAUGAUUUCUGUGCCAACGAGAUCGGUAAAACUCAUUUCGUUUGCAUUUAUCAAACCACAGAUGUGUGUUUGUGUCCAACACUGUCUGUAUGAACCGUAACAAGUUCUCCUACUGCUCUACUCUUACCUCCGCUGCUGACGCUGCACAGGAAGUUUGGUGUUCAGUCCUGGAUCAGUCUCAACAGCUUCUCCGUCAGUGAAUGUUGUGAUGCCUGUUCUGCACCAGUAGAGGGCGACGGUUUUAAAAACUGGCUCACAUGAUCUGACAUCAGUUUGUGUUUCUAAGACGUAUCAGAAAAACGUUAAUGCGCACAACGCACGUUUAACCUUCAUAUUUUAUUAAAACAUGUUUCUGAAAGAACAAACAUUUUAACUAAAUUUAGAUAAAGUUUUUUAACUUGAAAAUAAAAAGCAUAUCGGGGAUAAAAUGACUUGUUGAAAAUGGAUCAUCUGAAUGGUUCUUUGAGCGGAUCCUGAAGAUUCGGUUCCCUCACAAGAGCCGGGAAUCCCAUCGCUGGUCAGAACCCGGGUUUCCUCUUCACGCUUGCAGAACCAGAACAGCACCUAGUGUGGCUGCUCUGGGCCCACUCAGUCACCGUAGUUCACAGCGUUUUUCUCAAAUGAGACCAGAAACAGGUUCUGGUUCCGAAUUGGACUGUGGACUUUUUAUCUCCUGAGUUUUUCUGACCCGAUCAGCUGGUUCUCCUCCAACUGGCUGUGGAUUCAGCCUGCAGCGCCACCUGCUGGCUAAACCACCAGUACCUGCAGUCCGUGUGUGUGAACUGAAGUCGUAUCUCUGCGGCUUUGACCGAAGGAAGCAGAUCUUGUAGUAACUCAUUUAUUUAUAUGAAGCUGAUUAUUGAUUAUUGAUGAUUAAUCGUGUAUCGGACCGCGCUAGUGUUUAGGCUGUGUGACUUUAGAGCCGUGUCGAUGUGAAGCACCCCUCCGCUCCGAACCGACAGACUCAUCCGGAUCCUGCCUUCUUCUCCCCGUGACGUCACGCCGACUCCCUGCUUCCGGACGGACUUCCCGGCCGAGUCGGUCCCACUUCCUGUAUUUAUUGGUGUUUCUUUCCGUUUCCCUUAUUUAACUGUUGGAAGCCUGUGUGUGUCUGUCAGCGUGUCGAGGAGCACCGGUGCUAGUCAAAAAAUAAAAAUAAAGUGAAAGCCGUGCAGUGACCGUCAAGUGCUGUAGGAGUCCAUGUGAUCUAGAACACAGAAAUGUCCCCAUCCGCCGUCUGUCCUCCGACACUUCCUGCCUGCAUUCAGUAGAUUAGAGAAGAAGAAAGUGUGGAGCAGCUGUAAUCCUCCGUUUGAAGCUCGACCUUUCUGUUUUCAUGCGUAUAUAUGAUGUAAUGCUUACUAUACACUUUUAUAAACUAUGUUUUGAUAAUUCAUUUCUUAACAGAGAACUUGUCCAUAUACUAUAACCCUUACUGCUGAGUACUGAAAAUAAAUAGAUGAGAAAAAAAGAA